AUGAUUGCCACAGCUCGAAUUCUCGAUUUAUUUCCCGAUGAAGUCUUUUGUCGAGAUAAUGAAGAUCGAGUAGCAUUACAUUAUGCAGCUGAAACAGCCGAUCCCGAGACAUUUAAACGAAUUCUAGAGAUGGAUAAUUCAUUAAUUCAUUGUCAAGAUAAAAAUGGUUAUACACCGCUACUAAUAGCGUCAAUGAGCGGAAAUGUACCGGCGAUAAGAUUGAUGAUAGAAAGUGGCAUUCAAAUUAACCAUGUCGAUAAGGAAAAGCAUUCCGCUGUGCAUUGGGCUGUUGUUUGUGGACAGGGAGCACAGGCAGUGCAUUAUGCUGCGGCUGCGGAAGAUAUUUCGUUGGAACGUUGUGAAGCAAUGUUGCAUAUAUUAUUAAAGUAUGGUGCUAAAGUGAAUGCGCGAGAUAUCGAUGGAAGGACACCGAUAUUAUGGGCUGCAACUUACGGAAGUCUGGAAAUAGCAAUCAUCCUGUUGCAAACUGGAGGUGACAUGUACGCUGUCGAUAGGGAUCAGUUAGGUACGAUACACUGCGCUGCAAGCCAUGGCCAUGCACACAUCAUCGAAUAUCUCAUCAAUACUUUGGACUCAUCCGUUGUUAAUUCGGUGGACCGGAAUGGUGACACUGCACUGUUCUAUGCUGUAACUCUGGGACAUUAUGAAUGUGCACGGCUACUUCUGCUCAAUGGAGCUGAAGUAAAUCAUCAGGAUCGUUAUCUUCGAUGUCCAGUUCACUGUGCUGCAGCAAAGGGUCAGUUAAGGAUGCUUAAAUUAUUGAGGCAUUUCGGUGGAAGUUAUGAAAUUCAAAAUCGACGAGGCGAUUUACCAAUACAUGAGGCUAUCCAGGCCAGUGCUAAAGACUGCGUGGAAUACUUGCUCGCUUCACAUCCAUCAUCGAUAAAUGUAUCAAACCAUGAAGGUCGAACCGGCUUGCAUUUGGCUGCUGCUUCCGGAAACAUGGAAAUAGUGAUUCUGUUAUGCACUCGGAACGCUCUCGUCAAUCCACUCAUGUUAUAUCAGGAUACACUCUUAACACCACUAGAUUUGGCGGUACAAAAGAAUCAUGAACUAAUUGUGGAAUAUUUGCGAUUACGACAAGAUGCCAAGCUAGCCGAGGAAUUGUCUGAGGAAACGAGAAGACAAGCAAAGUCACAUCUAAAACAUCGAAUCUUAGAGGAAGGUAAAACUAAUUGCAUUUCUGAUCCAAUCUUGAAACGAAAUUUGCUUGAAGCGAAACUAAUAUUGAAUGUUUUGGCACGAGUGGACAGACAAAAAGGCGUCUCGCCGAACGGAAAUCGGUUCAUCGUAGGAAGUACCCAAAUGGAAAGUGUCUGUCAGGAAACACAGACGUCAAUGCGAGCUUGUCGAGCUGCAGCCACCAACACCUCGAGGCCUGAAUCUCCUGAUAAUACGGGUAUUCUAAAAACUUACCAGUCUUCUUCACCUGUUCAACAGCUUCUACCUAAAGCGACAAGUACUGAAGAUCUCGAGCAAUACUUAUCUGAAAAACAGUUACAAGACGACGUCUGCCUUAAAAAUGAGGAAGUGAGAGAGAUUAACGGCGAUCACUGGCUAUAUGACAAUUACUGGACAUCGGAAGAUGGUGAUAUGAAUUUUGAAGAUGCGAAUAGAAUAGCAAAGUCAUCAAGGAACAUUUUAAGCAAAUCAAGAAGUGGGUACCAUCUUCAGCUGAAACAGUUGAAGGAAAAUGAACGUUUGUACGGAAAAAUUGAGGGAGGAGAAAGGAUGAAGAAGAAACUCGCCCAGCUGACAAGAAUUGACGGAUAUUUAAGCGGCACUGAUAAUGAUAAGAAUAAUGGGAAGCAAGUUAAUGAUAAGCCGGAGAGUGGUAGUGUUUAUGGGACAAGCAAGCAAUUGAUUUCAGAGCAAUCCGUUGCUGCUAUGAAUAUUCGUUCUCAGAAGGUUCCGACGAGUGCCGAUAGAAAUAGUUUUAAAGAAAAGUUGGAGAAAUCGCUUGGCUCACUACAAGUUGAUAUCUAUCGAACUGAAUUUGGCGAAGUCACAAUGCAGCAAAGACUUCAUAAAAAUAAGAGAAUCGGUCGAUGCUAUGCACACGAGGAAGCCAUUUUUAAUGAGCUAACACAUUUGAAGAAGAUGCAGUUACAGUACGAUCAACUGAAACUGCUCUAUUUGGAGGAACGGAAUCACAUACUCAAUUCUCACCACUCGCACUAUUCGCCUGCCAAAUAUAAACCAGGCUUGCAACGAAAACAGGUACAUCAAGACAACACGAUAUUAAGUACUAUCACGGAAGGUACACGUUCGGCUCACAGUGACUCAUCUCAAACCGUAUUAUGUACAGGUGAAAAGCGAUGUAAUUGCUUGUACAAUAGACGUGAUUUGCUGUAA